AUGGAUCCUGACUUUUUAAAUGUGUUUACACAGCCUGCUGCGCUUGAUCAAAUCCUAGCUGAGAAUGUCAUCGCUCUAGGUGAGAAGAAGAAAUUCAUAAAACUGACCUCAAAGAACAAUCCCAAAUUGGAAGAAUUAAAGCUGUUACUGAUCGACUGGAUUAACACAACCCUGAAAGAGGAACACAUAGUAGUUAAAAGUCUGGAAGAAGAUCUGUACGAUGGGCUGGUACUUCAUCAUCUUUUGGAGAAACUAGGAUCUCUCAAGCUGGAUGUCGACAAGAUCGCAUUGACAGAAAACAAACAGCGACAGAAAGUCUCUGUGAUUCUGCAAGCUGUGGCUAAGUGUUUGCAGCUGGAAGAAAGUCAGCUGAAAUGGAGUGUAGAAUCUAUCUUGUCGAAGGACUUACUGAGCACGCUGCAUCUUCUGGUUGCAAUAGCGAAGCACUUCGAACCCAACCUGGCCAUGCCUCCAAAUGUUCAAGUGGAAACAAUCACCCUUGAG